AUGGGCUCCACAUUGAAUAACUCGUCUCAACCGGUCGGUUCGUACCGUGAUACCGGCAUUGAUGUGCUCAUUGUGGGCACUGGGCUGGCGGGCCUUACGGCUGCUAUAGAGUGCGUCCGCAAGGGCCAUCGGGUGCAGGUGUUGGAGAGGCACGAAGAAAUUAGUACUAUGGGCGAUAUGUAUUUCAUGGGCCUCAGCGGCACGCGCUUCUUCAAGCAUUGGCCCGACAUGGCUAGGGAGUACGAUGAAAUUUCAUUACAUGACUGCUGGAUGGAGACAUUCAAGCAUAGUGGGGAGUGUAUGAUUCCAUUGCUCAAGGUGGCCGAGAGGCUUAAGGAAGCGGGGCUGGACCCUGACACGCCACCUGGCGCAUUUCAAAUGCGGCCUUUGGUAUACAGGAUGUUUGUUAAUCAGGUCGAGCGGCUCGGCAUCGAGGUGCUCUUCGGCAAACGAGUUGUCAAGUACUUCGAAAAUGGUGAUAAGGCUGGAGUCGAGACGGAACACGGCGAGACAUUUGAGGCCGACAUGGUCAUAGCCGCCGACGGAGUCGGAUCUAAGAGCCAGGAGAUUGUUGGUGGUCAAGUCAGAGCUGCUAGUUCAGGAAGGGCGAUGUGGCGCGCCGCCUUUCCUGUCAGCCAUCUCGACCAGGACCCUCAAGUCAAGGAAUUCUUCCAACUCAAAGAUGGCCACGACCCCGUUGUAAGGACUUUUCUCGGUCCUGGUACCUAUGGGCUUACCUUGACGCGCGACGACGUCAUGGUUUGGAUUAUCAACCACGAUGCAACUGGUGAUGAGCGCGAGUCUUGGCACCAUACUGUUGAAGCUGACGACGUGUUGGCUAACAUGGACAAGAGUGUUGUUGGUACUUCCGAGGGCUGGGCUCCUAUUUUCAAGCAGUUAGUCCGUAUCACGCCACCAAAGACGAUUGUUAACUUCGAACUCUUCUGGCGCAACCCUCAGCCGUCAUGGUGCUCUCCCACCGCUCGCAUUGUCCAAAUUGGCGACGCUGCCCACUCCUUCCUCCCCUCGUCUGGCAACGGUGCCACUCAGGCUAUUGAGGACGCUGUAUCACUAGCUUCUUGUUUACACCUGGGCGGUAGUGCCAAAACCGUGCCUGAGUCGGUUCGUGCCCACAUCCGCUUCCGCUUUCUACGCUGUGCCUGUGCUCAGAAACUUGGAUUUCUCAAUGCGGAACGCUUACAGGCCACCAACUGGGACAAGGCCAAGCUCGACCCUCGCAAGGCUCAGCCUAAACAUCCGCGUUGGGUUUGGUCUCAUGACCCUGAAACUUACGCGCACGACAAUUAUGACAGGUGCAUUGAAAGCAUGCGAAAUCAUGUCCCAAUGGAUCAAGAUGAUGUCAUCCCUCCUAACUACCCGCCAGGCUAUAAAUACGUGCCUUGGAAUAUUGAUGAGAUUAUGGCCAACCUGGAAAAGGGAAUUCCUGUUCAGCUUGGGUCGGGAAAUUGGGAAUGA